AUGAAUCUUUUAUUUGUCUACUGUAAUAUCUUUUUGUAUAUAAUUGUGUCAUGUGAUGCUUCUGGAGCUGACAUAGCACUUGAUGCUAAGGCUACUUUGCUCCAUCGUAUAGAUAGUUUAAAUCUUUUAAUUUAUACAUGUCUUCUUACCCUGACCGUGCUUACAAUUUGGGUUUUUAAGCAUCGUCGUGUGAGCUGGCUCCACGAAACGGGCUUGGCUGUAAUAUAUGGUCUUAUAGUUGGUGCCAUUAUUCGAUAUGGAAGCAGUACAAAUGAAAUUACCUAUAUUGAUGCUCAUCCAGAUCCAGAUUCAAAAUAUAACCUGUCUGUUCCCCCAGAUAUGGUUAGGUUCCACUUUCCAGAUAAAAUUCAAGUAACAGGUGAUGGUCCGGUACCAAACAAAACAUAUGCCUACAGCUUUAGAGGAGAAAUUGUUAAUGUAGAACAGAAUGAAAUAGAUCUAAAAGCUACAUUUGAUCCUGAAAUAUUUUUCAAUAUUAUUCUUCCACCUAUUAUUUUCCAUGCAGGGUACUGUUUAAAAAGAAAAUACUUCUUUCGUAAUUUAGGUGCUAUAUUGACCUUUGCAAUGGUUGGGACAGCAUUAUCUGCAUUGGUUAUUGGGUCACUUAUGUAUGGUUUUGUUCAACUGAUGCCAGCAUCAUUGGCAUCAAGCUUCACAUUUUUAGACACACUCUACUUUGGGGCACUAAUCUCUCCAACAGACCCCUUAACAGUUCUUGCUAUUUUCUCACAGCUAAAGGUUGAUGUUAAUUUGUAUGCAAUGAUAUUUGGCGAAAGUGUCCUAAAUGAUGCAGUAGCCUUAGUACUUAGUGGAGCUAUUCAAAACUAUGAGAAGAGAUAUUCAACGGAUGGCGAGUUUGAAAUAACAGCGUUUUUACAAGCCAUAGGCGAUUUUAUCGGAAUAUUCAGCCUUUCUCUCAUUGUUGGAGCUCUCAUGGGUUGUUUCACAGCAUUGAUAUCCUUUUUAAUAUAUAAUAAUCGACAGUGA